GGGAGAGUGUGUGCGAGAGUUCGUGAUGGGCUGUGCGUUUUUUCCGUUUUUUUCUCUGUGCUGUUGAGUAAAAUAAAACAUUGUGUUUAAUUCAUACGUUCGGUUUUCUAUGUGCAGAAUAGUUAAGUCAAAAAAAUAAGACCUGCUCCAUCGAUAAUAGUCGAUUCUAGCAGGCUGUGCGUGCAUGUGUGUAUGUGGAUUAUGUGCCACACAACGCAACGUAAUUCUUGCGGGUUACAUUACACCGAUUAACUUCGACCAUUCAACCGUUUGGUGUUACAAACAGCUCACCAGCAAUUUCAACCGUCCAUCAGUCUCGCACGUCUUCGAUCAAUUUCUUACUUCCAAUCAAUUGAAUCUAAUUCCUACGACAACUUCCGGCAUCGUAGAAGUGUAAAGAAAUCAGAUUGAAUGGUCGUGUAUCGUAUCAUCUAUAGCCGCUAAACAAUCGCGAAGGAGAUCCGGCCCAUCGAUCCAGAAUUUAGCAAAGCCAGAUCUGUGGCACGAUGUGGAAGUGUCACAAAUGCGGCAAACCCGUCUUUUUCGCGGAACGUAAACAAUCGCUCGGUUACGAUUGGCAUCCGGAAUGUUUACGGUGUGAGGAGUGUGGCAAGCGGCUUAAUCCUGGACAGCAUGCCGAACACAAAGGUGUACCGUACUGUCACGUGCCAUGCUAUGGAGCUCUGUUUGGACCGCAGCUCUUUGGGCACGGUACGCGAGUGGAGUCGCACAAGAGCUUCGGUCAGCCAGAUCAAAAGAAGCAGGCCAUUCAGCGUUCACCAGCUGGUCCAACCGUUCCACGGGGCCAUCUCGAAUCGAAGCUGAAAUCCUACAACCAAUUCCACAACAACAAGAGCAUGGAGAUACGAAGCCGGGAGGUAAACGGGCGCUUGGUGCUGGAGGGUGCGUUGCGCAUUUACUGGGGCGUGCAGGGCAUGAUCCAUUUGAAGGAGGAUGACGACCAGCGGACGGUGGUGACGGUGCGGAAGCGUAACUCGUACCGGCAAAGUAACUCGGUGUCGAUGGCCCACGGUGCCGGUGUGACGAGCGACGACGGUGAGGAGGGCGAUGAGAAGGAAAAUAUACCGAUCGGUACGGAGCAACAUCAGGGACGUGGUGCGGCUGGUGUGAUGGGCUUAAGUACGUCGAGUUUAACGGAACCGGCCGAUAGCAACAACGACACGACUACCAUCUCGGAGAGCAUCUCGUACGAUACGCUCAGCCUGUCGUCGGAGUUAAACUCGAACUUUGACUCCAAGCCGGCCUCAUCGAGCGAGUCGUCUAAGGAGGUGUCGCCGAGCCAUGCCGGUAGCAAGUACGUAACGCUACCACCGAAGCUCGACGUGAAGCAGCUGGACUGGGACGAGAUCGACGAGCUGCUGCAGGUGGAACGGAAGCUGGACGAGAGUGAAAAGCUGUACCGUACGAUGCCAUCCCCGUUGGCAUCUGGGACAGGGGGUUCUGGUUCCGGUGGUGAUCGUAGCCUGGCAAGCGAGAGCGUCACCGACACGGAUUAUAAGACGCUCACACCCAAUACGGCGACCGGCGAUUCCGGUUCGGGCGAAUCCGGCGAUAGUGACCGUACGACUACCGGUGGUCCUGAUACGUCCACAAGCGUUACCAGCACGAGCGUGACGACCAACGGUGACGAUGACUUUCGAACGCCGGAAGCAACGUUACGAUCGCACGAUUUUGAAGCCUUCAAGAUGCAGAUUAGUCGCGAGUUUAUCAAUAGCACCGCUGAGAUGGGCAAUACGGACGGUACGCUGAAGCAAAACCAACCGAUCGAUCCGGCACGUAUCAAUGAUUCGCUGAAGUUGUAUAACGAUGGCGUUAUGAACCGAAGCCUUUCGGACGAGCAGUGCCGGAAUGCAAUGUUUUCGCUCCCAGCUGGUAAUAUCACGGGUUCGUUUCACGUUGAGUCCGGUGGUAACGAGGAGGACGAAUUGACCCUGCGUCAUCCGGCUAACGGCAUAUAUGCAUCGCCUAACCAUGCCCGCCAAUCUUCCAUUGAUAGUCCGAAGAAACGGACGCAUCUUCAGCGGCCACACCCAACCACCGACGCACCGUCCUCUGGAGCGACAACAAACGGUGGAGGCGUCACUUCACCCGGUACGGACACGGACAGCUGGACGGCCGACCGGGGUCUGCUGCGCUCGAAGUCCCAGGGUAACCAUUACUCGGGUAACAGCAUGAUGGAUAGUGAUGGCGAGGACGAAACCAUUGGGGCUGGUUCGGAAACGCUCAAACCAUCCGAUAAACCGCCCGCAUCGAUACACAUCCGCAUGGAUUGUUACGACGAGCUGGAGAGCCCUUCAUCCGCACGGGCAAUCACCUCGUCGGAUGACGGUGAUAUAACGGCUGUAACAACGACCACCGUAACGACGACGACCCAGCCGUCGGAGUACAGUACCAGCAUUAGCGGCCAUCCAGUGACGGACGAAGGAGUCGUACUGCGAAAGCCGCCGAAAACUGGCUCAACCGCGAUUAAGCGCCGGUCGGGUAACAGAAGGUCACGCACCAAGCUGAAGCGUCGCUGCUCCAUCAACGGUCACUUUUACAAUCGCGAAACGUCCUUCUUUACACCACCGUACGGUUCGCAGAUGAACGUCUGGGUGACGUCACUCGUCAACACGCAGGAGGUGAUCAAUCUACUGCUGGAAAAGUAUAAGGUCGAAUCGAAGGCAGAAAACUUUGCGCUGUUUAUCGUGCGAGAUAAUGGCGAGCAAAAGAAGCUAAAAGAUGAUGAUUAUCCGCUCGUAACGCGCGUCAUACUUGGUCCACACGAGGACAUUGCCAAGCUGUUUCUUAUGGACGGUCAGCAAACGCAGGAAAUCAGCAGCGAAGUUGCACAGUUUCUGAACCUUUCCAUUCCGGAGUGUCGCGCUAUUUUGGAACGGUUUCACGAGGAGGAGCAACGUGAGCUGCAUCGGAUACGGUUCAAAUUUGCUGAGUUGCGGAAACGCAUCAUACAGCGUAUGGAGUCGCUUAAAGUCAGGCUGUAGAGCAGAAAGCGAGAAAAAAAAAGAAACACACCAUUGGACGGUGGAAACAGUGAUCCUAUAUAUAUCUAAUACGUGUAAAGGAUUGUCACACUAUUUCCUAUUCGAAAGCCAAGACGUUCAGGUGAUGAUUCCGCUACAGCAAAAAAAAAGCAAUCAAAUCGAAUAGUAAUCAAUACUUGUUGAUGUUUAUUGUUAAGAAAGGGCACACCCGAAGAGGCCUUCAAAAAAAAAAAGGAAGGAAGUAGCAUCAGUGUGUUGCAAAUCUUUAAUCUCUAAUCGCUCUAAAAGCAAAAGUAACCAGCUUACUGUAUAGUUUGUUUUUCUUUGUGUUUUUUGUCCCAUUUAUUGUGAAAUACUGUUGCGUUUAAAAUUUGCAUUAUAAAAAAAAACACAUACACUCAUGCGGUCGAACUUUUACCGAAAUGGUGUACUCAUUUUUUACGAUAGGAAAAAAAAACUAGUACUCGAAUUCGUAGCUAAAAAGGUAUCGGGGGUAGUGGGCAACAAGAAGGUUAGAAUAUCAAACUGCCAAACAUUGAGGUAUUUUAUAAUAAGCGGUAGGAACGCACGUAGCAUAUGAUUAAAAUUUGCCUGGUCACGCCAAAAGUCACCGAUUUGUCUCAAGCAAACGGGUAUAAAGCAAUUUGACAAACCAAGAAGAUUAACAGAUGCAAAAAAAAGGUAAAGUAAACAAUCAAGGAAUAAUUAGAAUAGAAAGGCGUCGUACGUGUGCAGAUAUCAUUAAAAACACACACAUACAUACAAAAAAAUAAAACACUAUUGUGUAAAAUGGUAGCAACAAUCGGCAGGAGAGGAAGGUAAAAAAUAAUAACUUUACACAAUCAAACCUCAACAUAUUUAUCUCACAAAUAACUCAAAACUCAAACAGCUUUAACCGCCUGUGAACAAAGUGCUCCAAGUAGCUAAGAAGCCGAGAGCUGACAUAUGGACGUGUAUCGGCAAGCGUAAACUAUUUAGCGUAGGAACCAGAAAAAGAAACGUUAAAAAGGGAGCUUUUGUAAAGUAACGUUCUAUUUGUAACCACCCGACUGAUAGUCCAGGUGCUUCCUCUAGUUCAGUAGCGCAGCCCAGCUCAAUGUGUCCCGUCUCCCUAGUACUGCACACUCCCCCGUGUGCGUCCAAAAACGACAAUAUUCGUGAGUGGAAAUCAAACCCGCACACGCAUUGCAAAACCGAAGUAAAGUGAACGUGCGUUUUUUUCUAAGUUUGUUUGCUUUACUUUUAAAAUGCUUUCGUGCGUAUCUCUUCUUCUUUAUCGGCACAACAACCUCAAAAGGGUCUAGGGGCUUACCGUUUCUGGCUUGCUUUGACAAUAGCAUGACCUGUAACCGGAUAAUCAAUCCCGGAAGAAAGUUUGGACCGGUCCUGUCGUGUGAAAAAGUCUAAAAUGAUACAGUACAGUUUCGUACAGUGCUUGCGUUGAACUGCUGGUAAAACACACAAAUAUAAAGGAAAAAUAUCAAUCUUUGCAAUGUAGUAAUUUUAUCUCAGUGCUCAUAUCUCCGGCAGCUCGAUUGGGCGUAGAAAUCGAAUGAAUGGGAGCUCAUUAAUCGAUGCAUACUUUCGUACAUUACACACGGGAGAUGGGAGUGUUGUGUUAGAAAUAAUAUUUCACAUUAAACGGCCGCGUUUUGAAGAGGCUUUGGGUGAGUUUCGUUUCAACACCCCCACCUCCUAUGACGAAUACAUACUCACUGCUUUGGUGAAACAAAUCAAAAAGUAAGAAAAGAAACAGCAGACGUCUAAGUAAACGAUGAAAUGGACGAAACACGAAAAACAAAAACAUAUUCUCAGGCAGUGAUGGAAUGAAAGAGGUGGGGUGAAGCUGUGUAGAGGCAGUUUUGUAAAGUUUGUAAAGGAAAACAUAGCACUUGUGGCGAAGGAACUGACCAAGGCAAUCGAGCAUAGGUUAGGCGGCUUCCUGGUGUAUUCGUAUUCCGAUGGAAGAGAUGGCAUUAUCGAACAUAUGGGUAAUCUAAUUCACUGGCAUCGAUUUGUGAUGUGGGUUGAUGUGUAAUCGGGCAGAAACAGUAAGCGAAUAAUAUAAUGCAAUUAACAAACAAUCUCUAAAUGGUAUUUUGUAUGUAGUUUUUGUAUCUUCAUUGUUAGCAUUAUAUUGUUUAUACAUAGUGACAGUAGUUAGGUGACGGUUUGGUUGUAUUGUUUGUAUAGCAACUGCUGGUUUGCAUAUCUUUCUAUUACAAUUAAAUAUUUUUUCAACAAG